AUGGGAAACACAACUACAACAACUGUGACACCUGCUGCUACAACUACAGCACAACCAUCAGCAGGGGAUCCAUGCAGCUCAAAUCCUUGUGGAGAAAAUUUGGCUAAAUGUAUUGCUCUGCAUAACCACUAUGUCUGCCAGUGCCCCUAUGGAUUCUACUACAGCAAUGGUACUUGUCAUGCAGGGAAAAUAUUCCCAGGGAUCGUUAUACUGAAACAUGAUUACUCUAAGGAUAUUGAAGCUGUAAAUUCCACACUGUAUCUAGAGAUGUUCCAAAAUAUAACAAAUUUUUUUAAUAAAACUUUAAACUUCACAGACUUCAGACAGACCAUCAUCGUGGAAGUUAGUGUUACUACAGGAAACGCCAGAAGUGGAAGUUCUGUAGUGAACAUAACAGUGAUGAAUAUAUUUACGGAAAACACAAAUCAAACCCUCGAAAGCGUUACUGAAAGAGUAAUGGAAGCAGCAAAGGACUCCGGCUUCAUGGAUCAGUACAGCAGUACAACCUAUUGUGCUGUUUUUCAAUGUGAUACUGAAACCACAGACUGCCAAGAGAGUACGUUUCCACAAUGCACGUGCAAAGAGAAUUACUCAAAGACAAACUGGGAUGAUCGUUCUUGUUCAGAUUGCAGUAGUGACUGUUCUGCACAAAACAACAAGUACUGUGCCAGAGAAAAUGGGGUUCCAAAAUGCCAUUGCAUGACUAACUUUAAGGAGGAGGGUAACAAAUGUGUAAGCUGUCCAGUGGGCUACUCUGGACAAGACUGCAAGAACAAUAGUGAACUCAUCCUUAUAAUAUUGGGCACAGUUUUUGGAGCCAUUAUCCUGAGUUUAGUGGUAGCAGUCUCAAUUGUUUCAAUAAGAGCCAAACGCAGUCAAGAUCCAGAGAAAAAGAGCUUGAUAAAGCCAAAAUAUUCCAGUCCGGAUACCUCUAAUGAGACCAAGAUUUUCCCCAGAGUCCAGACCACUUCUGGCCAUGCAAAUCCAGGGUAUCAGCCAAACCCAUAUGAGGCUCAUUCCUCAAACAGGAGUAAUUUUUUGGAUGGGGAUUAUGAUGAUGGGUAUGAAAUAACACGGGAGCCUGAGGGCUUUAGGAUGCAACGCAGAUAACCAAGUCGCCAGAGGGGUAGAAGGAUGGAUAACCACCGCAACAGUGGGUCAGACCAAGGAGUUUCACAGCCUCUUACCAAUGCAGUUAUUUCAGCAGCAAAGUCCUUAACACCAGAUUCUCUGAAGAUUUUCUAAAUGAAGGCUCCUACUUGAAGGAGAAUAGUGGGCAAUAGCUCUCUGAAAUAAAGGAAAAUAAAAAU